AUGGAAGCCAGUAUUCUGCCCAGCGUGCCUGCGUGUGCAGGCGUCGCGCUGGUGGCCUUUUUCUUGUACCAUUUCAUUAUCUAUCCUAGCUUCCUUUCUCCACUGGCGAAGAUCCCUAAUGCUCACCCAUUGGCUCCAUAUACGUCCCUGUGGAUCCUGUGGGCGAGGUAUCGGAUUCGUGAGAAUAACACGGUUCUCCGCGCGCAUCAACAACACGGCGAGGUCGUCCGAUUGGCGCCAAAUGAAGUUAGCAUCAACUGCGUGAACGAUGGCAUUAAGACAGUGUACGGGAAGGGCUUCGAGAAGCCGCCAUUCUACUCUGUCUUCGUGAACUACGGAGCGUUGAAUAUGUUCUCCUCCUUACACUCCCCUGAGCAUGCGAUGCGGAAGAAGCGCAUCUCGAACAUCUAUUCCAAAUCAUUUUUACAAUCCUCACCCGAUGCGGCGGCCAUAAUUCAGGAGGUAGUGCAACGACGACUACUUUCGCAAUUCGCCAGCCAUGCCAAAUCCAAGCAGCCACUGGAUAUUUAUCCCAUCUACAAAGCGACUGCCAUGGAUCUGACUACAUCAUAUUUCUUCGGACUAUCAGCCGGCACCCAGUUCGUGAUCGACCCGACAGCUGCCGCCCGUUGGCAGGAGCUGUAUCUGGACGACCAACACCCGGUGUCGCUGUUUUGGUUGCAGGAGUUGCCCGAUCUCACUGCGUGGCUGGCCAAACUUGGGAUCUCCGUUGUUCCUCAGGCACGUCACCUUGCACACGAUCAGAUCGCUGCGUGGUGUCUCAAUAUGAGCGAUGGCGCGGAAAAGAUGCUAGCCAAAAAGGCAGGGGGGUCUUCCUUGCCGCCGGGACACUUGCCGGUAGUCUAUGAGAGACUCCGUCAGAGCACCGAAAAAGAGGGCAUGUCUACCACACCCAGCAUCACCCAGAAUCCGGUAAUCAACGAUGACGUCUCCGACAGCAUCGGUGGAAAUGUAGCAUAUACUCUCCGGAAGCCAAGGUCCCCACAACAAUUGCAGGUUACCAGUGAGUUGCUAGAUCAACUUAUUGCUAACAAUGGAACCGUUGCCACGACACUGCUCUAUGUGACCUGGCAGCUGUCGCAGAAUUCGGCGGCAUUGGCUCGUCUUCAAGAAGAACUGCGCAGCAAGCUGGGUCCCGAAGCUUUUGCAUGGUCGGCAUCGAAGGAGGAGGAUACGUUGCCCAAGGCAAAGGACGUGGACGAGUUGCCUUACUUGAAUGCAAUCAUUAUGGAGACACUGCGACUUCACGCCCCAGUGGCUGGUAGCCAGCCGCGGAUUACCCCGGAGAAUAACAAGACCACGCUGGGUCAGUAUGAAAAUAUCCCGGGAGGAGUACGCGUAAGCGCAGCUGCGUGGAGCCUCCACCGCAAUCCUGCGGUAUUCCCGCGCCCAGAUGAAUGGCAUCCAGAGCGUUGGCUAUCGGAAAACCUGGAGGGCGCCGACAAAAAGGAGCGCUGGUUCUGGGCAUUUUCGAGCGGGUCGCGCAUGUGUAUUGGGAGUAAUUUGGCAUUGUACUUGUUGAAGUAUGUGGUGGCAGCCAUCUACGCCAAUUUCCGGACACAUAUUGUAAAUGACGAGGGAAUUGAGCAGGAGGACGGCUUUAUCUCAGGACCAAAGGGGAACCAGUUGACGGUUAGAUUCGAGAGCAUAACAGUCGAUUGA